CUUUUGAAUUGAGUUUUGUUUACAAAAACACAUGAUUUUUGUGACAAAUCUCUAAAUCAGUUGUCAUUUGAUUUGGUGUUUGAGUUGCGGCGAGUCUUCGGCAGCGAUGGACAACGAGAAGACAAAUCCAAUUCAAUUGAUAUCACAUAACAUGAGGAGAGAGGAGAUGAUGACACAAAUCAUCGUCAGUUUGGAUCAGUUGUCUUCAUUCAGCGACCAAAUCUUCAAAAGCAUUGAUCAGAGGAUCCAAUCGAUGAACGAGAAGCUGCUGGACAUCAAUGAGCGAAGACAUAAUUGCGUCCAAAAGAUCCAACAGAUCCGGCAGUUGGCCAACAAAGCGACCAAAAUAUACGCCAACUAUAAGUACCCCAAAGAGGAGGUGUCUUCGCCACACACUUUCGCCACAAUCAUUGGCCGCGACUUUGGCACCAAUUGUGGUGAUAGUCACCGGCGACCAGACAUUAGGAUCACUUCAAGUCAUAUACCAUUCGAUGAACAGCUGCUCAAAGAGAAGACACAGUUCUUCUCGAUUCCCAAGACUAGCCAUAAGAGUGACGAGUGUUUCGACUUUUAUGACUUGUCUAACGUUAAGUCAACGGAUCCGUUGGGAGCCAUUCCGUGGCAUCGAAUAACUUCCCUGUCAUCGCUUCUGGUGUUCAAUACGGCUGACAAUCCAUACCUAAGACGAUCUCAAGGUUCGUCAAUAUAUGACCAAAAGAUCCGGUCGAAGAGACUUCAGGAGAUGAGUGUCCAGAACAACGAUAUAUUCAAAGCCCCGGAAUCCAUACUAAACAGCGAACAGACGGAGCAACUCGAGAGUCUUCACUAUUUGCCGGAAGUGCGGUCACCGCCACAGAUCAUGGAUGACUUACCACAAGCCCUGCCAUCACUUCCGGGCAUCGCCGACGACAUCGCGUUCACACAAUUGGACGAAGAGUUCCUCAGCUCAACCAUUCCUCACCUCAAUUCACUGAUUCCACAGUUGCCUGACAUCACCGGAAUUGAUCCAAAUGUCAAACCCAGUCAAGCAUUGGCUGUCAACCGGACCCAACACUUGCCAUCCGUAAGCCAAACAGUAUCUCAAAAACCGCAACAAACGGAUCCACUGGUAUGCCCUCCGCCGCCAUCAGUGCCACCGCCGCCUCCCCCUCCGCCGCCCCCUCCACCGCCGCCCUCUCCGCCACCAGUCGUACCAAAAGAGGCCACGAAUUCAGUGCCAAAUCCACCGAAAUCUCAAUCGACAGCACCGGUGGCUAAAAGUGUUGCACAAAACGCGGCGAUCGAUACGUCGAGAGCCAGCCUUCUGGAGUCGAUCCGAGCGGCCGCCGGAAAGCCUAAGAAGUCGACAAAUGUUGUGAUCGAACGCAAGAUUGAGGCGAAGAAAGCCAAGGAGAAGCCGGUCGUCACCGGAGACCUCAUGACAGACCUCUUCAAUAAGCUGUCGAUGCGUCGCAAAGGCAUCAGCGGUGCGAAUGCGGCCAAAGAGGCGACACCACCGCCGCCCACACAGCCGGUCGACCCCUCGUCGGCGAUGCAGCGCAUCUCAGCGAUGAUUCCUCCGCCGCCGCCUCCCGUCCCGCCCGAAGACCUCGACACCAGCGACGACUGGGACUGA